AAUGAAGGUAAAGCCUAAAUUAAGCUCUAAUAAUUAAACAGCAUCCUUUAAUAAAGAAAAAGAUGAACUUCUACAAAAGAAUUCAUCAACUUAAAUGAAUUCAGAUUUAAGCAUAACCAAUCCUAAAGUUGAAUAAACCCUUUAAAAAUUUUAUGAAACACCAACUAAUUAAGGAGAUGAUUAUUCUUAAGAGGAAUAAAUUCAAUAGAAAAUUUAAUAAUAAGGUAAUAUCAAUUUAUCAAAUUUAAAAGAUCUUUAAGUACCAUAACAAGAAAUUGACAACCAUAAUUAGAAAUAGGAAUCAUCUAUAAUUUCUGAAUUAGAAGGUUCUCAAAAUCACUCAACUCAUGAUUUUUUAAUUGAGAGUGAAAAAAUAAGUCAAAUAUUGGAUUAAAGCUUAAAUAUUUUUGAUGACAAAAUAAAAUUAAAGUAUAAUGAUUAAAACUUUAUAAUUUAAUUAAAAAAUAAUUAAAUUUUAUAGAUAAUAGAAUAAAUAUAUUUGGAAAAAUGGAAUCUACUAAUAAAAUAAUUAAAUCUUAAUAAACAAUCAAUGAAUUGUUAUAGAUUAUAAUAACCUACUGAUUAUUUUUAUAUAAAUCAAGAAAUUCAGAAUUUUAUUGAUAGUAUUUAAUUAGUCGAAGUUCAAUUUUGCUUUUAUUCUUGUUAUACAAUGAAAGAAUAAUAAUCUAUGAUGAAUAAAUUUUUAUAGUCUCAUUAAAUUUAAGUAGCAUAAGUAGGUGAUGACUUUUAUCUAGUUUCAAGACAGUAGUCAUUGUAAUUCCUUGAAGAAAUAUAAUCAUAAAUAUAUCAAAAUUAUAGAGGUUAUAUGUUUAAUUUUACAAGUGCAAAACCAUAUUCAAAUACUAUAUCUAAUAAUCCAAUUUUAGAAAAAUCAAGAUAUCUUUUUUAUAAGAAAUACUUAACUCUUGAUGUAUAACUAUAUAGUUUUAAUUAAUAUUUUAAUGAGAAUCUUUUUUUUAUCGAAAUGAAUUUUGUAAACAUUAAAGAAAAUAGAGAAUUAGUUGAAAAGUAUAUUAAAGAUUAUGUUGGAGAUUUUAUAAAAAAUCUAUUUUUGUUAUAAUUUUCUAUUUAAACUUCUUAGGAUAUAUUAAUAAAAAUACAAAAAACUUUUGAAAAUUGUAUGAAUUAAUUACAAUUAAAAAUUUUAUUUUAUAAAAAUAAUGAUGAUUUCAUAUUAUUUGGUAUUAAUGAAGAUAUUCAGAAAUUGUUAUCUCUGUUACAAACACAGGAAUUAAAAUUUCCAAUUAAAAAAUUUGAAGUUGAAUUUGAUAAAUAAAACUUUUUAUUCAAAUUAAAGGGAGCUUAAUAAAAAAUUGAUUUUAAGUCAUUUUUAGAUUUGCUUAAAGAAUUUGGUUUAGAGUAAAAGGAAAAUAAAAAGCUUAGAUUUUCUACUUAAUCAAAUAAGAAUUAAAAUUUGAUUACUCUUGUUAAUUCAUGUAAGUAAUUAUGAUAAUUUUAGUAAAAAUUUUAAAUUGUUUAUGUAAUAUUAGAGAAUAAAACAAUAAUAGAAUUGCAUUAUAGAUUUUGCAUAAGAAAUUUAGAACUGCAAUAGAUUAAAAGGAUCUAAAGAAAGAAAUAGCAUUUUUACAUUAGAUCAAUCCUAAUAAUAAUGAAUAAGUAUAACAAUAAUAAUAAGUAAUUACUCUUAAUAUAAGAUCUGAAAUAUUGUAAUUUCCAAUAAGUCAAACAAUUACUUUGAAUGUAAAAUUAUAUAUAAUUUAUUCAGCCUGAGUUUUUAGAUGAAAUCAUUUAAGAAAAUCUUUAUUAAGAAUUUUUAGAUUAAUUGGUUAAGAAUGAUUCGACAAUAUAAUUCUAAAAAAUAUUAUAAGGCAAAUAUUAACUUUAAUGUAUGAAUAAUUAGGUUGUUACUUAAUUUAAGCAAUAUUUUGAUAAAUUUUAACAUGUUAAAUUAAAUUUGGAUAAAUCUUCUUUAUCUUGCUUUGAACUUAGUCAUUAUUUGAAAAAAGAAUUAAAGAAAAGAUCUAUUUUUUGGAAAAUCAUGGAAUAAGGAUAAUUGUAUUUGAUAACAAGAAAUAAUGAAUCUCUCAAGUAUGCUUAAGAAUUCAAAUAAUAUAAAGGAAAAAUAAUUUAGAUGCUUAGUUUGAAUGCAACAAAUUUGAAUGAAAACAUUGAAUAUCAUUAGUUAGUUUUAGCCAGAACAAACUAUUUUAAAUAUAAAAUUUAGGAGUUUUUAAAAUAAAAUUUAAUUUAAAUAAAAGAAAUUGAGUUUAGAGAGGAGUAGGAAAUAAGUUCCUUUUGUAUUAUACAUACAAAUCUUGUUAAUUAGGAAUAGUCAUUUGAUAAAUGUAUUGAAUAAAUUUAGAGUUUGAUAAGAUCAAAGAUAUUUUUAGAAUUAAAAACUAAAUCAGAAAUUGGAAAAAAAAUCCUUGAAAAAAUAAUAGAUAUAUCUGAUUUAUAUGUCUCAUAAAAAUAAUAAUAUUCAGAUUAUUACAUAACAAUGUUAGGAAAUAUUAAAAAUUUUUAGAAAAUAGAAGAAUUAUUUCAAAAUAUAGAUUUAUCAAAUGAAUAAUUCAUUAAUAUAUCAAUAAGUUUUUAUAUUGAGGAAUUUAUACCAUAUAGGAAUAUUAUUCAAAAAACAUAAACUAGAAAUAAAUUUAAAAAAUUUUUAGAAAGUAAAGGAUUUACUGUUGAUGCUACCAAAAUUAAGUGGAUUAUUGAAACAAAACUAUAGUAAUCAAAAUGUAAUUUAAUAUAUAAUUCUUUAGUUAUGAUUUUUUCAUAUUUGAUUGAAUGGAUUAAUCAAGACACAAUAUAAAAUAUAAGAAAUAGUAAUAUAUUAAAUAUAGAAAUGAUGGGAUAAUCAGCAAUAAAUAUAAAUGAUUAACAAAAUUCUUAUUAAGAUAUUGAAAUUAGUCUUCUUACUUUUCUAGAUAAUAAACACAAUAAUAAAGAUGAUAAUAGAAAUAAAUAGAUAAUAUAAUAAAUUGGAAAUAUAGAAAAUUCAGGUUUUUUAGAGAACUCAUAUAAUAUUUAAGAUUAAUUUGAUAGAAUGUCUAGAAGUGAAAUCAGUGAUCAAGAUUCCAAUGCAAAUGUAUUCAACAUAGGAAAUCAAAUUUAUGAUGUGUUAGCAGAAUUUACAAAAUCUAUACAAAAAUAUUAGCUCCCUCCAGCUUCUGAAUUAGCACAAAUUUUGAAAGAAUAAUACCCAAACCAAAAUGUUUUAGUUUAUUAGCCUUAUGUAGACUAAAAUUACAAAUAAUAAUUUUAUAGAUAAGCAAAUUAAAUUAUUGACCUUUAUGUUAUAUAAAAACCAGAUAAGGUUUAUAAAGAAAUUUUCUCAAAGAAUAUGCUGUUUAUACUUAAAGCAAAGUGUGCAUUAGAAAAAUUUAUGUCGCAUUAAAAUUUAAUUCUAAUAGUUUUCUAAGCAAAUCGGAAUUGUAAAUAUAGUUAACAUAGUGAUAAAGAGAAGAUUUCCUUAUUAGAAGAUAAUUAAGUUCUACCAUAUCUUUUUUUAAAAAGAAAAUGA